AGACCGGAGGAGAUAUUAUGAAUGACAUCAAACUGGCACUGCUGGGCAGCAAAGGAGCUGGCAAAUCAGCUGUCUUAGUAAGGUUCCUGACAAAGCGCUUCAUCGGAGAGUAUGCCUCAAAUGCCAACUCCUUGUACCACAAAAGACUUUCUGUCGAUGGCAGACAGUUGAACCUGGAGAUGUAUGACCCAUGCUCCCAGAGCACAGAGGCCAAGUGUGUCCUGGAAAAACCUGUGGACUGGGCUGACGGCUUUCUGGUGGUCUACAAUAUCAAUGACCAAACUUCUUUCAUCAACGCCAAGAACAUCCUUGGGCAGAUAAGAGAUGCACACGUGGAGAACUGUUGGGGGGAGGUGGAUGUGCCAGUGUGCCUUGUGGGAAACAAGCAGGACUUGUGCCACGCCAGACAAGUGUACGAGGAGGAGGGCCGAGGCUUGGCACAGGAGAACCACUGCUACUUCCAAGAGGUGUCUGCAGCUGAGAGCUACCAAGACAUCGUCAACCUUUUUACUGGCCUUAUUCGCAGGGUAAUGGUGCACCACAAAUACCGUGCUGCUGACCGGCGCCACUACAGCAGCUCCAAGUCUAUGGCCAAGCUCAUCAACAAUGUCUUUGGAAAAAGAAGGAAAUCUGUGUAGCAUCAGAGACUGUGACUGACUGACAGUUAGACUGUCAAGCAAUCAGCUUGGUUAGUGAGGGUAAGGAGGUCAAAACGUGUAGCGGGCCCUA